AGCGCCGGCCAUUUUCCCUUGGUAUGACCUCUGCCUUCCUACCAUCAUUCCCACAAGGCAGCAGGAGCAGAGAGCAGCCAUUGCUGUGUCUGGCAGCAGGAUUACACGGUAGUGAAGAAGACAUCCGAUGAGUGUGAGACACCCACCAGCUAUCCCAGUGUGUCAGGAGGACUGAACAGGACCCAGAGCCCCAUCACAGUGCCUCCACCUCACUCAUUGAUACAUUGAUACAUGAGAGACACGAUGACCAGAAGAUCCUGGAACUCACCAACAAGAUCAUUCAGCUGCUGACUGGAGAGGAGGGGGAGUAUAUAGAGAAACACAGAGGUCUGUACAAGGACGUGAUAAUGGAGAAUCACCGGCAUCCCACAUCACUGGAUGGGCCCAGUAACAGAAAUACCCCAGAGAGAUGUCCCCGUCCUCUGUAUUCCCAGGAUUGUACAGAGGAGAAUCACAGGAUCCCACAGGAGGAUCAGGGUGAAGAUUUCACUGAUAUUAAGGUAGAAAUUAUAGAGGGAGAAGAAGAGACGUAUGUGACUGAUAUGAAGGCAGAAGAUAUAGAGGGAGAAGAGACGUAUGUGACUGACUUGAAGGCAGAAGAUAUAGAGGGAGAAGAGACGUAUGUGACUGAUAUGAAGACAGAAGAUAUAGAGGGAGAAGAAGAGACGUAUGUGACUGAUAUGAAGGCAGAAGGUAUAGAGGGAGAAGAAGAGACGUAUGUGACUGAUAUGAAGACAGAAGAUAUAAAGAAGGAAGAAGAGACGUAUGCGAGGUGUGAUCAGCAGUGUAAGGAGGAGGAAAUCCCUACAGAUAUCAGCACAGCAGAUGGAGGCACAAGCAGGAAUACCUCGGAGGGAGAUCUAAUUUUAUCUCCACAUUUUAAAACAGAAGAUAACAUCGCAAAGGAUUCUACAAGAGACAACUCCAUUUCUCUAUAUAUACACCCAAUACCUUCCAGUGUAGAGAUAUCAUCUGAUUCACCUAACUGUGAGGAUUGUUCCUCUGAUACCUCCAAUAUUGCUACAUACAGUACAGCUCACACAGGUGAUAAAAACUUUCUCUGUUCUGAGUGUGGGAAAUGUUGCACAAGGAAAUCACAUCUUAUUAUACAUCAGAGACUUCACACAGGUGAGAAACCAUUUCCAUGCUCCGAGUGUGGGAAAUGUUUUGUACAGAAAUCAGCUCUUGUUAUACACGAGAGAAGUCACACAGGUGAGAGGCCAUUUCCAUGUUCUGAGUGUUUGAAAUGUUUUGCACGGAAAUCAAUUCUGGUUAAACAUCAGAGAAGUCACGCAGGCGAGAGGCAAUUUCCAUGCUCUGAGUGUGGAAAAUGUUUUACACAGAAAUCAGAUCUUGUUAUACAUGAGAGAAGUCACACAGGUGAGAGGCCAUAUACAUGCUCUGAGUGUGCGAAAUGUUUUACAGACAAAUCAAAUCUUGUUAAACAUGAGAGAAGUCACACAGGUGAGAAGCCAUUUAAAUGUUCUGAGUGUAGGAAAUGUUUUACACAGAAAUCAGAUCUUGUUAUACAUGAGAGAAGUCACACAGGUGAGAGGCCAUAUCCAUGCUCUGAGUGUGGGAAAUGUUUCACACGGAAAUCAUAUCUUGUUAGGCAUCAGAAAAGUCACACAGGUGAGAAACCAUUUCCAUGCUCUGAGUGUGGGAAAUGUUUUGCACAGAAAUCAAAUCUUGUUACACAUCAGAGAUGUCACACAGGUGAGAAACCAUUUCCAUGCUCUGAGUGUGGGAAAUGUUUUACAGACAAAUCAAAUCUUGUUAAACAUGAGAGAAGUCACACACGUAAGAAGCCAUUUAAAUGUUCUGAGUGUAGGAAAUGUUUUACACAGAAAUCAAAUCUUGUUACACAUCAGAGAUGUCACACAGGUGAGAAACCAUUUUCAUGCUCUGAGUGUGGGAAAUGUUUUACAGACAAAUCAAAUCUUGUUAAACAUGAGAGAAGUCACACACGUGAGAAGCCAUUUAAAUGUUCUGAGUGUAGGAAAUGUUUUAUACAGAAAUCACAUCUUAUCAUACAUCAGAGAAGUCACACAGCUAAGAAACCAUUUCCAUGCUCUGAGUGUGGGAAAUGUUUUACAGACGAAUCAAAUCUUGUUAGACAUAAAAAAAGACGUCAGGGGCGGCGGCCAUUUUCCCCUGGUUUGAGCUCCGCCUUCUUCUAUCAUUCCCACAAGGCAGCAGGAGCAGAGAGCAGCCAUUGCUGUGUCUGGCAGCAGGGUGAAGAUCUGACAAAUAUAAAGGGAGAAGAAGAGACGUAUGUGACUGAUAUGAAGGCAGAAGAUACAGAGGGAGAAGAAGAGACGUAUGUGACUGAUAUGAAGGCAGAAGAUAUAGAGGGAGAAGAAGAGACAUAUGUGACUGAUAUGAAGGCAGAAGAUAUAGAGGGAGAAGAAGAGACGUAUGUGACUGAUAUGAAGGCAGAAGAUAUAGAGGGAGAAGAAGAGACAUAUGUGACUGAUAUGAAGGCAGAAGAUAUAGAGGGAGAAGAAGAGACGUAUGUGACUGAUAUGAAGGCAGAAGAUAUAGAGGGAGAAGAAGAGACAUAUGUGACUGAUAUGAAGGCAGAAGAUAUAGAGGGAGAAGAAGAGACGUAUGUGACUGAUAUGAAGGCAGAAGAUAUAGAGGGAGAAGAAGAGACGUAUGUGACUGAUAUGAAGGCAGAAGAUAUAGAGGGAGAAGAAGAGACGUAUGGGACUGAUAUGAAGGCAGAAGUUAUAGAGGGAGAAGAAGAGACGCAUGUGACUGAUAUGAAGGCAGAAGAUACAGAGGGAGAAGAAGAGACGUAUUUGAGGGGUGAUCAGCAGUGUAAGGAGGAAGAAAUCCCUACAUAUAUCAGCACAGCAGAUGGAGGCACAAGCAGGAAUACCUCGGAGGAAGAUCUCAUUUUAUCUCCACAUUUUAAAACAGAAGAUAACAUUGCAAAGGAUUCUACAAGAGACAACUCCAUUUCUCUAUAUAUACACCCAGUACCUACCAGUGCAGAUAUAUCAUCUGAUUCAGCUAACUGUGAGGAUUGUUCCUCUGAUACCUCCAAUAUUGCUACACACAGUGCAGCUCACACAGGUGAUAAAAACUUUCUCUGUUCUGAGUGUGGGAAAUGUUGCACAAGGAAAUCACAUCUUAUUAUACAUCAGAGACUUCACACAGGUGAGAAACCAUUUCCAUGCUCCGAGUGUGGGAAAUGUUUUGUACAGAAAUCAGCUCUUGUCAUACACGAGAGAAGUCACACAGGUGAGAGGCCAUUUCCAUGUUCUGAGUGUUUGAAAUGUUUUGCACGGAAAUCAAUUCUGGUUAAACAUCAGAGAAGUCACGCAGACGAGAGGCAAUUUCCAUGCUCUGAGUGUGGAAAAUGUUUUACACAGAAAUCAGAUCUUGUUAUACAUGAGAGAAGUCACACAGGUGAGAGGCCAUAUCCAUGUUCUGAGUGUGGGAAAUGUUUUGCACAGAAAUCAAAUCUUGUUGGGCAUCAGAGAAGUCACACAGGUGAGAAACCAUUUCAAUGCUCUGAGUGUGGGAAAAGUUUUACACAGAAAUCAAAUCUUGUUACACAUCAGAGAAGUCACACAGGUGAGAAACCAUUUCCAUGCUCUGAGUGUGGGAAAUGUUUUACAGACAAAUCAAAUCUUGUUAAACAUGAGAGAAGUCACACAGGUGAGAAGCCAUUUAAAUGUUCUGAGUGUAGGAAAUGUUUUACACAGAAAUCACAUCUUAUCAUACAUCAGAGAAGUCACACGGGUAAGAAACCAUUUCCAUGCUCUGAGUGUGGGAAAUGUUUUACAGACGAAUCAAAUCUUGUUAGACAUAAAAAAAGACAUUACAUAAACAUGAACUGAUAGACAUGAAACACAAUACUGUAACCAUUGCAAACGCUGCAAAUUGUUUGGCUAAUUUCUUUGUUUUGAAAGCCAGCAAUAGCAGAAUGGACAGUACACAGUGCCAUCACUAGAUAAAACAUUGGUACGUUUUCCACACAACAAUCCACCUAUAAUGAAUAAUAAUAAACAAAUAAUAUAACAGGGAAAGUCUGGGAGCCACCAGAAUGCUGACCGAGGCCCAUUUAUGAGGGUCCUAAGCAUUUGAUUAUCAAUCAUAGUAAUCUCCUGAGUGACAGCUGUAUGGGGAAUGAGGAACGUUGACAGAAAUAGAUGCCAUAUUUGUGAAGCAUUAUGGGAUAUCAUGUUCUGAAGUGAUUGGCUAAACCUGGUGACAUCACUGUGGGUAUAACAUGUAAAUGAGAGAGUGACAUCACUGCGGGUAUGACAUAUAAAUGAGAGAGUGACAUCACUGCGGGUAUAACAUGGAAAUGAGAGAGUGACAUCACUGCGGGUAUAACAUGGAAAUGAGAGAGUGACAUCACUGCGGGUAUAACAUGGAAAUGAGAGAGUGACAUCACUGCGGGUAUAACAUGGAAAUGAGACAGUGACAUCACUGCGGGUAUAACAUGGAAAUGAGACAGUGACAUCACUGCGGGUAUAACAUGGAAAUGAGAGAGUGACAUCACUGCGGGUAUAACAUGGAAAUGAGUGACCUCACUGCGGAUGUAACGUGAGAGGGUGACCUCACUGCGAGUAUAACAUGUAAGAGAGAGUGACAUCAAAGGGUAUAACAUGUAAGAGAGAGUGACAUCACUGAGGGUAUAACAUGUAAGAGAGAGUGACAUUACUGAGGGUAUAACAUGUAAGAGAGAGUGACAUCACUGCGGGUAUAACAUGGAAAUGAGAGAGUGACAUCACUGUGGGUAUAACAUGUAAAUGAGAGAGUGACAUCACUCUGGGUAUAACAUGUAAAUGAGACCGUGACAUCACUGUGUGUACACAUUAAAUAUCACGUCUUUUACACUAUC